AUGGCGUGAUGGCGUCAUAUCCUUUUGAUUUGAAUAUCCGGUGGGCGUGGCUGUGUAGCUGUACUGGAGUAGUGGAUUUGAUCCCGGUUGACAGAGUUAUGUUUUAACCGUUUAUACGUGCGAAUCCAGUCCAAGACUGCUCACAGAUCAAACUUAAGUCUCGUUCUGCAUCUUCUUCUGGAACACUAAAGUCAUGGCAGCAAAUAAGAGCAAGAACCAGAGUUCCCUGGUUCUGCACAAGGUGAUCAUGGUGGGCAGCGGCGGCGUGGGAAAAUCAGCCCUGACUCUGCAGUUCAUGUACGACGAGUUUGUGGAGGACUACGAACCCACCAAGGCUGACAGUUACCGGAAGAAGGUGGUGCUGGAUGGAGAGGAGGUGCAGAUUGAUAUUUUGGAUACGGCGGGGCAGGAAGACUACGCCGCCAUCAGGGACAACUACUUCCGCAGCGGAGAGGGUUUCCUUCUGGUUUUCUCCAUCACAGAGCCCGAGUCCUUCAGCGCCACGUCAGAGUUCAGAGAGCAGAUCCUGAGAGUGAAAGCGGAGGAGGAUAAAAUCCCUCUGUUAUUGGUGGGGAAUAAGUCAGAUUUGGAGGACAGGAGGCAGGUGUCUGCGGACGAGGCCCGAACCAAAGCGGACGAGUGGUCUGUCCAGUAUGUGGAAACAUCAGCCAAAACCAGAGCGAACGUCGACAAGGUCUUCUUUGACUUGAUGAGGGAGGUGCGGACGAAGAAGAUGUCCGAGAACAAGGAGAAGAACGGGAAGAAGAGUGGCAAGAAGAAGAAAAGUCUGAAAGAGAGAUGCAUGCUGCUUUGAGCCGCACAAACGCUUGAUUCCCACGUCAAGCUUUCCUGUCCUGACUGAGCCGUUCUUCUGAUGAUGAGGAGACCAGAUCGUCCUCCUCCAGAGUUUUGCCAAAUGCAAUCAAACCAGAACCAUAAGCCACAGUGCCGACCUCAACUACAAGUCUUCCACACCUUUAAAGGACUUUUUAUACGUUUCCAAGUUGCAGUAAUAUCAAAUCGGUAGCGAAACUCUAAUCUGUGAAAUAUGUAUGCUUUAUCAUUUUUUUUUUUUACUUUCAAAUACAAGGAAUAUUCAUUAUGCUGCAUCACUGGGCUUCAUUCAUUAAACAAGAACAGAAUACAUUUCUAAAUAAAUAGUUGCAUUGAAUAAAUCCGACAAUUUGCAACAAACUGUUUAGAAAUGAAUCCUUCAUGAAUUUCUUUUUCACUUUAUCACAAAUCUUUUUGUGCUAAAUACUCUUAUUUUAUUUGCCUUUCACUUUUUUUAAGGCAAAGGCAACAGACAUAUGCAAUAUUGUGUUUGUUUUGAAUGCAUUAUUAUGCAGCUUAACACGUCUGAGAAGGUGAAUGCGUGCGGUGAGAUUCACAGAUUUUACUAUGCAAACUCGCCAAACGUGACACAGUUGAAAUUAUGAUAUUUUUGUAAUCAAACCACUUUAUUGAUUCCUCUGCCUGGUGAUUAUAAACCAAAUAAACCUUCUCUGAAUUUGUUAUGAAAUCUCUG